CAUCGGGCAGGACUCCGGGCAGAGGCACAUCGGGCAGGACUCCGGGCAGAGCACAUCGGAUUACCAGGCGAAGAGCAGCAGGCAGGCAGCGGGCCACCGGGCGGAGCGGCAGGCAGCGGGCCACCGGGCGGAGCGGCAGGCAGCGGGCCCCCGGGCGGGGCGGCAGGCACCGGGCCCCCCGGGGCGGGGCGGCAGGCACCGGGCCCCCAGGAGGGGCGACAGGCAUCGGGCCCCCAGGAGGGGCGACAGGCAUCGGGCCCCCAGGAGGGGCGACAGGCAUCGGGCCCCCAGGCGGGGCGACAGGUCUUGGGCCCUCAGGCGGAGCAGCGGGCGCCGGACCCCCAGAUGGAGCGACAGGUCUCGGGCCCCCAGGCGGAGCGGCGGGCGCCGGACCCCCAAGUGGAGCGACAGGUCUCGGGCCCUCAGGCGGGAGCGGCGGGCGCCGGACCCCCAGGCGGAGCGACAGGUCUCGGGCCCCCAGGCGGAGCGGCGGGCGCCGGACCC